GGUGGAUGCACGGCCGACCGACGACGACGAGGACGACGGCGGCGACGUCGACGUCGCCGAGGACGAGCGUAGCAGACUACCAGCGAAACUCGCCGCGCGAGAGAUAGUUCGCCUGCCGACGGAGUAAUCAGUCGUUCUCGCAACGUUCCUGAAGAAACGUGCGUGUUGUGUUGUUAUUUGCAUCGUUCGCAAAGUCCGCCGCGAAAGCCAUUGUGAGGCCACUCGAGGGAGAUUCUACGAGUGCAGCUUCGAGGUAUCGUUCGAAGCCGUAGCAAAACGCUGAAUUCAAAUUCGAAGAAGUAUAUGAAAUAAAUCAAGGAGGUUGGCGUCGAGGAGAAGGAGGAUCGUCGAUCGUUUGUGAUAUCGCUAGUCAAAGAUCCGAUAAGCAAAAUACCGAAUUUUAAGGACGAACGAUACUUUCGGAUCGUGAAUCGCGUUCGAGGAAGUGCUUUGAAUGUGCAUCAAUAGUGCUUCAGGAGUGCAGCUUGAGAACACGUCGGCAUACGGCUGUCUGUAAAAGCGAGCUGACGACACGCAAAGGACAAGAGUCAAAGUAUCAAAUAGGGUGUUUCGGUGUGUCGAUCCAGUGUUUUUGUUCACCUGGCUCAUCCUCCCUCCGAGAGGCGGAGGGCGGUAAAGCAUCGAUCGUUCGCCAUUUUGCGCGACGGCCGACAUCUUUUGCGCGCAUCGACGACAUCUUGCCGCGUGACAUCUUCAACGAUACGGAAGCUACAGAGGCUGCAGACCUAUAUUAAGCGAUAGGGACAGAUUAUUCGCAUAUAUAUUUCUUGAAUACGUCUCGCGUUCUCUCUCCUUCUCUUAUCGAUCAUCGUAAACGACCGUCAUAUUAUCUGUAACGUUCUCCCAUCGCGGAGAGACUACGCAAAAUUUCGCAUAGUGUGAUAGGAAAAGGAACAAUUUGGCAGAGAAACAGGAAAUAAAUCGGAGCCCAACGUCGCGGAAGGAAGAAAAAGUAGUGUCCUUCAAGUCGAAGGUAGAAAUCAGCAGGCUGGGAGGUCGGUUGAGUGAGGUGGUGGGUCCCGUCGUGGAGGAGGCCAUUGAGCCAGGGGAUGCGACCCCGCUGACGGGACCCUCGAGGGAGACCUCGGUUCCUCGAGCACCCCCGCCGCAGCGUGUUACUCCGAGUCCGCCGAGACCGCCGCCCGUUACGUCUCAACAUCACGAGAAUCCGGGACACCAGUCCCAAAAUCCCGGGCAUCACAACCCGGAUCAUUCGCCCCACAAUCCGGGUAAUCCCGGCCACAAUCCUGGUCACAACCCCGGCCACCAAACUCAUAAUCCAGACAAUCCCGGCCACAAUCCGGGUGACUCCGGUCACAACCCGGGAAAUCCCGGUCACAACCCGGGUAAUCCCGGUCACAACCCGGGCAAUCCCGGUCACAACCCGGGCAAUCCCGGUCACAACCCGGGCAAUCCCGGUCACAACCCGGGCAAUCCGGGCCACAACCCGGGUAAUCCCGGCCAUAACCCGGGUAAUCCCGGCCACAACCCGGGUAAUCCCGGCCACAAUCCGGGUAAUCCCGGUAACCCGGGCCAUCCGAGCCCCGCUGACCAAGACCAGAAUCCCGCUGACCAGCCGGCACAAAAUCCUGGCCAUCCGACGAGUCCAGGACGAGAAGCUCCCCAUCCACACGUGAGUCGUCAACCAAGUCAGAAUCCAACCCAGCCGACACAGAGUGGCAGGGAGCAAGCACAACCAAGUCAGCAGCAGCCGCAACAAUCUCAACCGCAACAGCAACAACCUCAGCCGCAACCGCAACCACAACAUCUGGAGCGUAGCGCCAGCACCAUGGGGACCGUAUUGUCGUUCAGUCCACGAGAUCGUCGGGGAUCUGUUUAUCCACCAACGGGGCAUCAACAUCCAGCUGACUUCACAUUAAACAACUUUAAUUACGAGCAGCUAAACAAUGCGAAGAAUCGCGAAAACAAGAGCAGCGUUGCCACGGUGGCGCCGGCGCCACCCACGAAUCAUCCACCGACUAACAACAACUCGUUACAGAACAAUAACAUUAAUCUGAAUAACAACGACAACGCGAGGAUUAUCUCGGAGAAGAACGCCCUAGAGAAAAACUUGAAGAAGCAUUCACUGUUCAUAAAUGCUUUGUCGUGGAAGCGGUUCAGUACGACCAACAAUAACAAGAAGAAGCUCGACAACAAGAACAAGAACCUCGCCUUCAGGCAACCGCUCGAUAAUAUACCUAUCGUUGAUAAGAAUAAAAAUAUACAGACGCCGCAGACAAAACCACCGGCGUCAAACAACAAUCACACCACGCACAAUCCGACGUGUGAGAAAUUGGUGCAGAAACCCCUGCCCCCUGGACCAAGGAAAACUGUUAUCCAGGCCUCCACCUCGGAAUUGCUCAAGUGCCUCGGCGUCUUCCUGCACAAGAAAUGCACCCGUUUAAGGGACUUCCAGGCCGGUGACGCUGUCAUGUGGCUCAGGACUGUCGACAGAAAUCUCCUGCUUCAAGGCUGGCAGGACGUGCCCUUCAUAAACCCUGCCAAUGUAGUGUUCGUGUAUAUGCUGGUGAAAGAGCUUGUCGAUGGAGAUGAGGCAUCUGAGAAGGAGCUCCAGGCGACGGUACUGACGUGUCUUUACCUGAGCUACAGUUAUAUGGGUAACGAAAUUAGUUACCCGCUGAAGCCGUUCCUCGUCGAGGACAGCAAAGACAAGUUCUGGGACCGAUGUCUCCUGAUCGUCAACCGACUUAGCUCCGAGAUGCUGCGAAUCAACAGCGAGCCCGGUUUCUUCACAGAGAUCUUCAGCGAGCUGAAGGCCUGCGGUUCCAGCGAUCGCGGAAGUCUGUCUGGCAGUGGCCUCGAACGGAGCCUCGUCGUCUCCGGAGUCGCGGUACCCACCAAGGCAGCUUGACGGAGCUACACACACCUGCUGGUGCGCAUCGCCAGGCA